CAUAGGUAAGCGCAUCAACGUUUCACACCCCAUUUUACUUUCUUUCCUCACACAUUCACACGCACCAAAGCUCUCUGUUUCGGAUAAAAUGGCAAGCGGCGAAGUGAAGCUGAUCGGUGCAUGGGCGAGUCCCUUCGUGAUGAGACCAAGGGUUGCUCUAAACCUCAAGUCUGUCCCCUACGAGUUCCUCCAAGAGACCUUUGGGUCUAAGAGCGAGUUGCUUCUUAAGUCAAACCCGGUCCACAAGAAGAUCCCUGUUCUGCUUCACGCUGAUAAGCCAGUCUGUGAAUCCAACAUCAUCGUUGAGUAUAUCGAUGAGACUUGGAGCUCAUCUGGACCUUCCCUUCUCCCUUCUCUUCCUUACGACCGGGCAAUGGCUCGGUUCUGGGCUGCUUACAUCGACGAAAAGUGGUUCGUCGCUCUAAGAAAUUUCCUAAAAGCUGAAGGAGAAGAAGAGAAGAAAGCUGUGAUAGCAGAAUUUGAGGAAGGGAACGCGCUUCUGGAGAAGGCCUUCAUCGACUGCAGCAAAGGAAAACCGUUCUUCAACGGUGACCACAUCGGUUACCUUGACAUUUCCCUCGGGAGCUUCUUGGCUUGGUUGAGAGUCACCGAGUUAGCAGCUAGCUAUAAACUUCUUGAUGAGGCCAAGACACCUUCUUUGUGUAAAUGGGCUGAUCAUUUCUGCAACGAUCCCGCAGUAAAACCUGUCAUGCCCGAGACCGCAAAGCUAGCUGAAUUCGCAAAGAAGAUCUUUGCCAAGCCGCAGGCCUAAGUUGGCUGGUGAACUAGGUUUUUUAUUUGUGGGUUGAGAUCUUGUAAGAAUAAUUUAAGAGUGGUACUGUUUUAUAAAUUGCUUUAUGUUUUUGAACUUGA